AUGGCAGCAAAGGUGGUGGAGACUGGUGGCUACACGUUCCACGUACGGUGUGUGGCCGGCAUUGAGUCCUGCUGCUACGUAGAUACCAUCAAUGUGGCAUUCGAUCUUGGCUGCCUUAUAGACCGUGUGGUCAAUAUAUCGCACGUGUUCAUCACACAUGGGCACAUCGACCACGUCGGAGCGUUUGUGGCGCAUGCCGCGCGACGAGCACUUAACAAGCAGAAGCCGGCCCAGUAUUUUGUACCUGCACACCUUGUUCCUCACUUAAAGAUCAUUUUCAAGGCCACUGCAGCCAUGCAGGGCGAUGCACCGUUUCCAAUUCACAUCGUGCCGCUUCGGGCAUUCGAUGAGGUACAUGUCUCACCCAAGUACGUGGUGCGAGCGGUGCCCACGAUGCACCGCGUGCCGAGUUUAGGCUAUAUUGUGUACGAGAAGAAAAAUCGUCUGAAGCCCGAGUAUCGGCUAUUGCCAGGCCAGGAGAUUGCGGCGCUGAAGCGCUCAGGACAUGUGAUCACGAUCGUCGAGCUGACGCCGGAGAUCGCGUACACGGGUGACACUACCAUCGAGGCAUUUACGACGGCGGAAGACGACGAGCGGACAAUGGAUUUGCUGCGUGUAAAAGUGCUCAUCACAGAGGCAACGUACGCCGACUCCAAAAUGACGAUACAAGACGCUGUUGACCGCGGCCACAUGCACCUCGAUCAGUUCGCUACCCACGAGCAUUUGUUUCAGCAAGUGGGUGCACUUGUUCUCGUCCACUUCUCCGCUAGGUAUAGCGUCGAGGAGCUGAUCGAGUGUAUGAAGGCUCGCGUACCAAUAUCUCUUCAGCAGAAAACGAUACUUGGGUGCUAG